AUGGACCGCUCCUCCGUCUCGCCACUCAAGAGACGCGCCGCUCUGGCUUCUCUCGACGCAAACGCGAUGCCUCAUUCCGCCAGCUCCCCGACGUCCACCAAGCACAGGACGCUCUCUGCCAGCUCCCCGACGAGCAAGAAGCGCGUCUCCCUGGGUGCCAGCCCCGCGCCCAAGAAGACGUGUCUCGCCGACUCCACGACCGCCUCGGCCCGCUCAAGAACAAACUCGCCCGACGUCAGCUCCGUCUUCGACAAUGCCUCUGAAGGCAGUGGCGAGGACUCGUCUUGGGGCACGGUGGCCACCGAGCCUGCAGAUGUUGGCGCAGCCAUGCCCGUGACGCUGUCCGUACCGCGCGCGAGCGUACUUACACGCGAACAGGCGAGAGAGCGAGCCGAAAUCCUCCGACUUCGACUUGGCCUAGCCAGUUAUAAACUCCGUACCGGUCAGACCUCGGUUCCCUUGGCCAACUUGCAGGCUAAACCACUUCCGCCCCGUGGCCCUGGAAGCGUGACGUCGCCGCUUUUGAGCCAGGGUGAAGAUACAUCUGUUGUGGGAUCUUCACAAUCAGAUGACCAUGAACAGGCUGACGAUGAGGAUAUCGUUGCUGCCACGCCCUCCGAACCAGCCUCAUCACAAGCCAACGACUCUCUACCUGCCAUUGUCAAGACAAAGGUGGCUUGUGCUGUCUAA